UCUCGCUCUAUUAAGAAAUGUACCAACACGUUCAUAAGUAGUUGAAUCGAACCAACUCUCCAACUCAUCUUCAAUCUUCACCUCUCAUCAAAACCCAUUCAUCUCUUCAAUUUUUAAUUGAAUCCCCAAAAAACAAAAACCACAAUGAACGACUUAUUCUCCUCCGGCUCAUUCUCUCGCUUCCGCGGCGACCAAGCCUCGCCGGACCGCCACCACGUCAUCGAGAUGACAGCCGCCACAGGCGGCGGCGACGGCGGAUCCGGAAGAGUCAAUCUGGACAAAUUCUUCGUGGACGUGGAGGCCGUCAAGGAGGAGCUAAGCGAGCUCGACGCGCUAGCGCAGAGGCUUCAGAGCAGCCAUGAACAGAGCAAAACCUUGCACAACGCGAAAAGCGUGAAGGAGCUUCGUUCUCGCAUGGACGACGACGUUUCGGCUGCCCUGAAGAAAGCGAAGAUGGUGAAGCUGAAGCUUGAGGCUCUGGAGCGGUCAAACGCCGCGAACCGGAACUUGCCUGGUUGCGGACCCGGUUCGUCUUCGGACCGGACCCGGAACUCCGUGGUCAACGGGUUGAAGAAGAAGUUGAAGGACUCCAUGGAUGUUUUCAACCGCCUCCGUGAAGUUAUCUCUUCGGAGUAUAGGGAUACCGUUCAACGCCGUUACUUCACCGUCACCGGCGAGAAUCCUGAUGAAAAAACGCUUGAUCGCUUGAUCUCUACCGGUGAGAGCGAGACCUUUCUUCAGAAGGCUAUUCAAGAACAAGGAAGGGGUAGAAUUCUGGACACCAUCAAUGAGAUUCAAGAGAGGCAUGAUGCUGUCAAAGAGAUAGAGAAGAAUCUCAUGCAGCUGCACCAAGUGUUCCUUGACAUGACAGUGCUGGUGCAAUAUCAAGGUGAGCAGUUGGAUAACAUUGAGAGCCAUGUGAACAGAGCUAGCUCCUUUGUGCACACUGGAACUGAGCAGUUACAGACAGCGCGGAAGCAUCAGAAAAACACCAGGAAAUGGACCUGUUUCUGUAUUUUGCUUCUUCUUGUGAUCAUCUUGGUUGUGGUGCUUGUCACUGUGAAACCGUGGGAAAGUAAUGGCAGUGGCGGCAACAAUGGUGGUAGUCAGCCAGCACCAGCACAAACAACUCCAUCUCCUCCUCCUCCUCCUUCCGCUUAACCUUAGGGAUUAAGUGUCUUUAAACUGAUAUGCAUUAUGCAUAUUGGUUUCGUUUAUUUUGAUUUGACAAUGGAGCUAUUAUGUUUUGGGAUGUGGCAAGUUUGGGACUAACACCGAUUAGCAUAUUAUUUGAAGGAUCUGUGGAGUGUGGAGUGAUCAACAGUUUAGUUCAGUUCAUCGGAAGGUUGGAUGAAGAAUCUGGGAUGGAAAUGGUUGAUUGUUCUGUUGAGGAGGAUUUUUCGAAGUUAUUAGUUUUUCUAUCAUAUUCUUUUUCUGUAAGUAUCAUAUCUUUUGAUUUUGAUCAGUUGAGCAGCUGACUGAUGGUUUUAUAAAUACAUUUCUAUUGGAAUUUUUGCCUCA